AUGUCUCUAAGAAGAACAAGACCAAAACCAAUGCAUCCCAUUGGAAAUACCAAGCGUAAAUCAAGUGGGAGUGAGGGUUUUAGUCCAAAACAAAGUUCAGAAAAUGAAUCUUAUUCUUCCCAACAAGACAACCAGCCAGAAAGCCAAUCGGAACAAAACGUGCCAGAUGUUUGUUCUGAUUCUGAGCGAAAUGACUCGCAACGCCUUGAAAUAUUAAUGAACUUCCUUAGAACGAUAGCUGAUCAGCUAGGAAUUACACAGCAAGAUGAGGCUUCCCUAAAAUGUCAGGUUUCGACAAGAAUUCAUGAAUUAAUUAAGAUUAAUGGUAAAAUGUCAAAACAAAACGUCUCGGAAGUAGCAUCGAAUGAUCCAUUAGUACAAAAUUCAGAUUCAGAAUCUUCCAAAUCUCAAGAUAUUGCUGAAGAAAGCAAGGAAAACUCUAAAUCUGUAAAACAAUUAGAAGAUGAGAUAAAGCAAUUAAAGCAAGAGUUAGACGAACAAACGAACCGUGCUGAUUCUCUCGAAGAGAUGAAUGAAAAAUUCAGAUCUCUUUUACCAGAUUCUGAAGAUUUCGAAUCUGCUUACAGCCAACUCAAAAGUCUAUGUGAAAAUAGCAACUCUACUAUUGACGAUAAUGAUUCUGAAGAAAAGAGUCAUAAAAAGCGUCAUCACAAAGACUUGAUUGGAAAAUUAAACGAAAAGAACAAUGAAAUCAAGCAACUCGAAAAGGAAAUCAAGAGUUUGAAACUAACUUUGAGUGAACGAUCCAAUGAACUCAACAACAUUCGUAGAACUUUGGCAGAAAAAGAAGAAGAAAUUGAAAAUUUGAAUAAAAACAGUUCUAAUUCUUCAAAUGAAGAAGAUCUUAAGAAGAAAGAUGAAGAAAUCGAAAAACUGAAAGAAGAAAUCGAGAAGUUAAAUAGUAAACCACAGAAAGAAGAAGAAAACGAAGAGAAAGAUAAAGAAAAUGAUUCAGAAGAAGGUGAAGAAAAUACAAGUGAAAAGUCACAUCAUAAGAAACAUCAUAAAGACUUGAUUGGUAAACUUAACAAGAAGAACAACGAAAUUAAACAACUUGAGAAAGAAAUCAAAGGUCUUAAAUUAACAUUAAGUGAAAGAUCAAAUGAAUUAAACAACAUUCGUAGGACAUUAGCAGAGAAAGAAAAUAAUUCCAAUGACGAAACUCUUCAAAAGAAAGUAGAAGAAAUCGAAAAUCUUAAGAAAGAAAUCGAAGAAUUCAAGAACAAGAGUUCUAAUGAAGAAGAACUUAAUUCUCUUCGCGAAUCCAACCAAAAACUGAAAGAAGAAAUCGAGAAGUUAAGCAAUAAACCACAGAAAGAAGAAGGUAACGAAGAGAAAGAUAAAGAAAAUGAUUCAGAAGAAGGUGAAGAAAAUACAAGUGAAAAGUCACAUCAUAAGAAACAUCAUAAAGACUUGAUUGGUAAACUUAACAAGAAGAACAACGAAAUUAAACAACUCGAGAAAGAAAUCAAGAGUUUGAAAUUAACAUUAAGUGAACGCUCCAAUGAACUCAACAACAUUCGCAGAACAUUAGCAGAGAAAGAACAAGAAAUGGAGAAUUUGAAGAAUGGAGAAGGAAAUACACAAAACAAUGAAGAACUAAAUCAACUCAAAGAAGACAACAAUAAACAGAAAGAAGAACUUGAAUCAUUGAAGAAACAAUUACAAGAUAAAGAUGCAGAACUUGAACAGAUUAGAAGUAACACAAAUACAAGUACAAUUACAGAAGAAAGUAAAGAAAUGAACAGUGACAAUGAUGAUGAAGAAAGUGAGAAGUCACAAAGUAAAUCGGGUCACAAGAAACAUCAUAAAGACUUGAUUGGUAAACUCAAUCAAAAGAACAACGAAAUCAAACAACUCGAGAAAGAAAUCAAGAGUUUGAAACUUACAUUAAGUGAAAGAUCAAAUGAAUUAAACAACAUUCGCAGAACAUUAACAGAGAAAGAACAAGAAAUAGAUAAUUUGAAGAAAUCUGGAUCAAAUUCUUCAAAUGAAGAAGAUCUUAAGAAGAAAGAUGAAGAAAUCAAAUCUCUUCGUGAAUCAAAUGAUAAGUUGCAAAAAGAACUUUUAACUCGAGAUGAAGAAAUCGAGAAGUUAAGCAAUAAACCACAGAAAGAAGAAGAAAACGAAGAGAAAGAUAAAGAAAAUGAUUCAGAAGAAGGUGAAGAAAAUACAAGUGAAAAGUCACAUCAUAAGAAACAUCAUAAAGACUUGAUUGGUAAACUUAACAAGAAGAACAACGAAAUUAAACAACUCGAGAAAGAAAUCAAAGGUCUUAAAUUAACAUUAAGUGAAAGAUCAAAUGAAUUAAACAACAUUCGUAGGACAUUAGCAGAGAAAGAACAAGAAAUGGAGAACUUAAAUGGAUCUGUUCAAAACAAGAAUGAUGAUGAAAUCAAAGAACUUCAACAAGAGAAUGAAAAACUCAAAUCAGAACUCGCAAGUAAAGAUGCAGAACUUGAACAGAUUAGAAGUAACACAAAUACAAGUACAAUUACAGAAGAAAGUAAAGAAAUGAACAGUGACAAUGAUGAUGAUGAAGAAAGUGAGAAGUCACAAAGUAAAUCGGGUCACAAGAAACAUCAUAAAGACUUGAUUGGUAAACUCAAUCAAAAGAACAACGAAAUCAAACAACUUGAGAAAGAAAUCAAGAGUUUGAAACUUACAUUAAGUGAAAGAUCAAAUGAAUUAAACAACAUUCGUAGGACAUUGGCAGAGAAAGAAAACAAUUCUAAUGACGAAACUCUUCAAAAGAAAGAAGAAGAAAUCGAGAAUCUUAAGAAAGAAAUCGAUAAUUUGAAGAAGUCUUCUUCAAAUGAAGAAGAAACUAAGAGUCUUCGUGAUGAAAUUGAGAAGUUAAAGAAAGAACUCGAAUCUAAAGAAUCAAUGAAUACAAAUACAAGCACUAUCAAUGAAGAAAUUGAUGGUGAAGCUAAAGAAAAUGAUUCUGAAGAAGAAAAUACAAGUGAAAAGUCACAUCACAAGAAACAUCAUAAAGACUUGAUUGGUAAACUCAAUCAAAAGAACAACGAAAUCAAACAACUCGAGAAAGAAAUCAAGAGUUUGAAAUUAACAUUAAGUGAGAGAUCCAAUGAAUUAAACAACAUUCGCAGAACAUUAGCAGAGAAAGAAAAUAAUUCCAAUGACGAAACUCUUCAAAAGAAAGUAGAAGAAAUCGAAAAUCUUAAGAAAGAAAUCGAAGAAUUCAAGAACAAGAGUUCUAAUGAAGAAGAACUUAAUUCUCUUCGCGAAUCCAACCAAAAACUGAAAGAAGAAAUCGAGAAGUUAAAUAGUAAACCACAGAAAGAAGAAGAAAACGAAGAGAAAGAUAAAGAAAAUGAUUCAGAAGAAGGUGAAGAAAAUACAAGUGAAAAGUCACAUCAUAAGAAACAUCAUAAAGACUUGAUUGGUAAACUUAACAAGAAGAACAACGAAAUCAAACAACUCGAGAAAGAAAUCAAAGGUCUUAAAUUAACAUUAAGUGAGAAAUCAAAUGAAUUAAACAACAUUCGUAGGACAUUAGCAGAGAAAGAAAAUAAUUCCAAUGACGAAACUCUUCAAAAGAAAGUAGAAGAAAUCGAAAAUCUUAAGAAAGAAAUUAAUUCCCUCACAGAAAGCAACGAAAAUCUCAAGAAUUUGAUUGAUGAAAUGAAGAAGAAAGAUACAACAAAUAAUAAAUCUAAGACACCAGUCAAAUUCAUCAAGAAAGCGAUGUCCGAAAAAGAACUUUCAUUCAAACCAAUGGCUCAAACUGUUAGAUCUCGUGAUCUCAACCUGACUGAUUUCUCAUUAAACGAAGAACAGUUCAGGCAAGAAAUGGAGAGUUGGAAGAGAAUUGCAACAGAAAGAGCACGUGAAAACGAUGACUUGAGACAACAAAUUAAUUCAAGAGAUCAAGAAAUCGAAAAAUUGAAGAAAGAAGAAAAGUCAACGAAUUUCCAGAUUUCAAAGAUGAACAACGACAAACAAGAGCUUGCCAAGUUGCGACAAGACAACACAUACAAAGAUAAAGAGAUCCAAAGAUUGCUUUCUGAAGCAAGUUCCAAAGAAACAGAAAACAACAAACUCAAGACAGAAUUGGACCAAAAGAACAACGAGUGCAAUAAAUUGAAGACAUUGAAUAACUCAAAGGAGAACGACAUUAAACAAUUGAAACAAGACUUGUCACAUAAAGACAAUGAAAUACAGGCCCUCAAGAACGAAAUCCACAGUAAAGAAAACGAAAUCAUCAAAGUAAAGAACGAAGGUUUGAUGAAUUCUGUCACUCAGCUCCAAAGAAAAGUCGCUGCAUUGACAACAGACAAAACGAUGCUUACCGAAGAAGUCAAGCUUCACACGUCUAGACUCAGUGUUCUCGCGGCUGAAAGGAAGAGCAGAGAAGAAGAGGAACAGCUAAUGGCGAAACUGAAGAGAAGAUUAAUCGCAAAAGAUGUCGAAUUGCAAGAAAAAGACAGACAAUUGGAGUUUUUGAAUUCUUCGGUGAAGAAACUGAAGAAAGAAAACGAACAAUUGAACAACGAAUUAAAGGAGAAAAACCUAAGAUUAUCUCAGUUAGAUAAUGUCCAUGAAUCUGCAAUUCGGACAAUGAGGAGACGACAGGCGACUAAGAAAUCAGGGAUAUAA